AUGGAGGUUCUUACAAAUAAGUUGGACAAGGCAGCUCGUGCAACUCGGUUUGGGUACCAUCCUAGCUACAAAAGCAUAGGCCUCACUCAUUUGAGCUUUGCUGAUGAUCUCAUGGUUCUUUUGGAUGGAAAGGUUUGGUCUAUUGAAGGGAUUACAGCGGUGUUCGACGAUUUUGCAAGGCUCUCGGGGUUAAAAAUUAGCAUGGAGAAGUCUACCCUCUACUUGGCUGGCAUUACACAGUUGACUGCUGAGUGUAGUGCUGCUCGGUUCCCUUUAUUUGUGGUUCGUCUCCCAGUCCGUUAUUUAGGCCUCCCGUUGGUCACCAAACAGCUUUCCAUUGCAAACACGUUCCCAUUAACGGAACAGAUUCAGAAGCGUAUAGGAUCAUCUUCUGGUUGGUUGCGUUUCGACUCCCUAGCAACUGCAUUGACAGACUCAAUUCGAGAUGUUAGCUUUCCUUUGGUCUGGCAUAGAUAUGAGUACUCACAUAGCAAAAGUUUCUUGGGAAACAGUUUUCAAACCAAAGGCAGAGGGUGGACUAGGAUUACGAGUAGCUCAAGCUUUGGGUUUUGGGUCUGGCCGAAACUGCUAAAGUAUCGGGACAUAGCUAAAUCGUUGUGCAAGGUUGAGGUGGAGAAUGGGGAGCUCACUUCUUUUUGGUAUGACGAUUGGUCUUCUGUGAAGUGCCUUAUUGAUGUUGGGGGUGAGCGCGGGUUCAUAGACAUGGGAAUUCGCAGAGAUAGCAUUGUGGCAAAGGCUUGGCCGCACGUCGUUGGCGGCAGAAUAGAGUGGGACAUCUGA